AUGAAUGACCAGUACCACCGAGCAGCCAGGGACGGCUACCUCGAUCUGCUUAAGGAAGCCACCAAGAAGGACCUCAACUCACCUGACGAGGAUGGCAUGACCCCGACCCUGUGGGCUGCCUACCAUGGCAACUUGGAUGCGCUGAGGCUGAUAGUCAGCAGAGGGGGUGACCCAGACAAAUGUGAUAUCUGGGGGAACACGCCUCUGCACCUGGCGGCAGCCAAUGGUCAUUUGAAUUGCCUCUCCUUCCUGGUGUCUUUUGGAGCCAACAUCUGGUGCCUGGACAAUGACUACCACACCCCGCUGGACAUGGCCGCCAUGAAAGGCCACAUGGAAUGUGUGCGCUACUUGGACUCCAUUGCUGCCAAGCAGAGCAGCCUGAACCCUAAACUGGUAGGAAAGCUGAAGGACAAGGCCUUCAAGGAUGCGGAGAAACGCAUUAAGGACUGUGUAAAACUGCAGAAAAAGCACCAUGAGAGGAUGGAGAAGAGGUACAAGAAGGAGAUGUCUGACCACUCAGACACCAUGAGCUUCUCCAGCUACUCCAGCAGCACUUUGAGUAGGAAGUUUCAGCACAUGUCGAUGAUGACAUCUUUGCCAUACUCUCAGGCCACCAUACAUGGCACAGCCAAGGGCAAGACCAAAAUCCAGAAGAAACUGGAGAAAAAGAAACAGGUAGACGGGACCUUCAAGAUCUAUGAGGAUGGGAGGAAAAGCGUGAGGUCCUUGUCUGGCUUACAGCUGGGCAACGAUGUCAUGUUUGUGAAGCAAGGCACCUACGUGAGUCCCAAGGAGUGGACUCGGCGCAACGUUAGGGAUAUGUUUCUGACGGACGACGACACUGUCUCCCGUGCCAUAAGCGAUCCAGGUUUGCACAUGGACUCAGCCCAUUCUGAGGUCAGCACUGAUUCCGGGCACGAUUCUUUAUUCAAUCGUCCUGGCCUCGGCACCAUGGUUUUCCGGAGAAACUAUGUCAGUAGCGGGUUGUUUGGGAUUGGCCAGGAUGAUCCCAGCCUGCUGGGAGAGGGGAUGGAUGAGAGGAUGGGUGUUAAGCUUCACAGCCGCCUGCAGCGCUCGCCAAGUCUCAAUGACAGCAUCGGCAGUGCCAACAGCCUGCAGGAGAGGAAUGUGGAGGAGCUGCCGUGGGAUGAGGUGGAACUGGGCCUGGAGGACGAUAGUGAACCGGACACCAGUCCCUUGGAGACCUUCUUGGCCUCCUUGCACAUGUUUGAGUUCAUUUCUAUCCUUAAGAAGGAGAAGAUCGAUCUGGAAGCUCUCAUGUUAUGUUCAGACAAUGAUCUGAAGAGCAUCAACAUUCCCCUGGGGCCCAGGAAAAAGAUUCUGGAUGCUGUCCAGAGGAGGAAACAGACUUUGGAAAACCCUCAUGUCAUAGAAGACACUGAUCUGUAA